AUGAACGGACCUCCUUUGUUCGACGGCAGUGGUCCUAUACCCGGCAACGGAAGCGUUCUUUCUGACGAGAUCCACGUCGCUCUCCGCGAUGUCCCUGCGUGGACGCCUGAGAGGAAGCUUGAUGUUAUAACCAUCGGAGCUGGCUUCUCGGGGCUGAUUUUCGCACACAAGUUGCAGCACCAGUAUCCCGAGAUGCAACAGCUUGUCAGUCACAAGAUUUUCGAAGCGAGGGACGAUAUUGGCGGGACCUGGCUUGUUAACAGAUACCCCGGCGUGCAGUGCGAUGUGCCGGCGCAUAUCUACGCAUUCCCAUUCGACCCAAAAGCUGAUUGGACUAAUUACUAUGCCACUGGACCACAGAUUUAUGAAUAUAUGCGAGACACGACCAAAAAGUGGAACCUGGAUCGCGACAUCAAGUUUAACCACCGAGUCCUCGAGACGGUGUGGCAGGAGGAAAGCGCGAAGUGGAGGGUCACCGUCCAGAACGGUGGUCAAACACUCGUUGAGUAUGCUGAUCUUCUGAUAUCUGGACAGGGCGUGCUAGAUAAGUGGAAGUGGCCUGAAAUCAAAGGCUUUGACCGCUUCACAGGCCAUAAGUGCCACUCGGCCGCCUGGGACAACGAAUUCGACUAUUCAAACAAGACUAUCGCCGUCAUCGGCAACGGGUCUUCUGGGGUUCAGAUUAUUCCCCAGCUGGCCAAGCUCCCUAACACCAAUGUUAUCAGUUUCCAAAGAAGUCCCAACUACGUCUAUACUCCUUUUACCCCGGCAGCUUUACUCGGUGGCGAUGACCCGAGCGCAAACCCUGAGUACUCCGAAGCCGAAAAGAAGAGGUUUGCGGAAGAAACUUACGCGCACCGAGACUAUCGCAAGAAGAUCAUCCAUCUCAUCAAUUCAGGUUUCACGCGGUAUGUCAAAGGCUCUCGACUCAAUAUGGAAGCCCGUAAGGCAGCCAAGAAGCAGAUGGAAGAGAUCCUCCAGCACGACCCGGAUCUAUGUAAGAAACUCAUUCCAGAAUGGAGUUUGGGAUGCCGGCGAAUUACGCCUGGGGAAGGCUACCUCGAGUCCUUUCUCAAGCCGAACGUUCAGCUCGUUAUGAGUCCAGUGGCUGAGAUGACAGAAGAUAGCUGCAUCGCCGGCGACGGCCGCUCCUUCAAAGUCGAUGUAGUGGCCUGCGCAACAGGAUUCGACGUCUCCAACAAACCUCAAUGGCGAAUGAUCGGCCGCCACGGCGUCGACCUCGCUGAGGUGUGGGAAAUUGACCCCGAAUCGUAUCUGUCAGUAGCGGCUCGUGACAUGCCUAACUACUUCAUGUUCUUGGGCCCUAACGCAGUCGUGGCCCACGGAUCCAUCAUUGAGGCCAUCAACUGGACCGGCGACUAUGUCGUCAAAUGGAUCCGCAAGAUAGCGACGGAGAAUAUCAAGUCAGUCGUACCUAAGGCACAUGCCGUCGACGAAUUUAUCGCCUAUAGCGAUCAGAUUCACAAGACAUUCGUCUGGACGGAUAGCUGCAAGAGCUGGUUCAAGAGAAAUACUACGGACGGCCGAGUCACGGCGGCCUGGGCGGGCAGCGCUUUAGUCUGGAAACAACUGAUGAGUGAACUGCGCUGUGAGGACUUUGAGAUUGAGUAUCGAAGUCCUAAUCGGUGGGUGUUCUUGGGGAAUGGUUUUACGAGUUUGGAGUUGAACAGACAGAAUGAUCUGGCCUGGUAUGUAGAGAGAUAA